UCUUCAGUUGUUGUCCUUGUGAUCGGCUAGAAUCGCCAUUUUUCUAUCUUCCUCGUCUUCUCUCUCUCUCUCUCGCCUUGCUUUCAAUGGCUGAUCCCGAAGUUCCCCAGAGCCGGUCGAGAGACCUCGACAAGCUUCUUCUCCGACCCGGGAAUCUUGUCGGCCCCGACUUCUAUCCCGGAACCGAAUUGAGAGAUGACCUUCGGGAGUACGCGAGAAUCUUGGUGGUCGGUGCUGGAGGACUGGGAUGCGAGCUUCUCAAGGAUUUAGCCCUUUCGGGUUUUCGUAAUUUGGAGGUGAUUGAUAUGGACCGGAUCGAGGUCACCAAUCUCAAUCGCCAGUUCCUAUUCAGGCUUGAAGAUGUCGGAAAGCCCAAGGCAGAGGUAGCUGCAAAACGUGUCAUGGAGAGAGUGAGCGAUGUGGACAUUGUGCCACAUUUUUCUCGUAUUGAAGACAAAGAGAUUGAGUUCUAUAACAAUUUUAAUAUCAUUGCUCUUGGUCUUGAUUCUAUCGAAGCUCGGAGAUACAUAAAUGGCGUAGCUUGUAGUUUUCUUGAGUAUGAUGAAGACGACAACCCGAGAAGAGAAACGAUUAAACCGAUGGUAGAUGGUGGAACCGAAGGUUUUAAAGGUCAUGCUAGAGUUAUUGUACCGGGAGUUACGCCAUGUUUUGAGUGCACCAUCUGGCUCUUCCCUCCUCAAGUGAAGUUCCCCUUAUGCACUCUUGCAGAAACCCCUAGAAAUGCCGCUCAUUGCAUUGAGUAUGCCCAUCUAAUAAAGUGGCCCGAUGUUCAUGGCGGAAAAACCUUUGACCCAGACGACCCAGAACAUAUGAAAUGGGUCUAUGAUGAGGCUCUCAAGAGAGCUGAGCUUUUCGGAAUUCCUGGAGUCACAUAUUCUCUCACGCAAGGUGUGGUUAAAAACAUCAUACCGGCAAUUGCUUCCACCAAUGCGAUUAUAUCCGCAGCCUGUGCGUUAGAAACCUUGAAAAUCGCGUCUGGCUGCAGCAAAACACUUUCAAACUAUCUUACAUAUAACGGCGGAGAGGGUCUCCACACGAAAGUAACGGAAUUUGUGAGGGACAAGGACUGUCUUGUAUGUGGUCCUGGCAUUCUGAUUGAAGUGGACACCUCAAUUACUUUGCAAAAGUUCAUUGACAUGCUCGAAGAACAUCCGAAGCUUCUAUUGUCGAGAGCAAGCGUCAAACAUGGCAAGAGCAACCUUUACAUGCAGGCGCCUCCGGUUCUGGAGGAAAUGUACCGACCAAACCUGAACCGGCUGCUCUAUGAUCUCAUGGGAAGAGUCCAGAAGGACACAGUCCAUGUUUUCGGAACAGCCCACAAGAAUGACGAGAAACAGUCGAGCUUGACGAAACUUCGCGUUGUCUUCAGAGGAGCAGACGGUGUCACGGACAUGGACACGGCCGUUGGAGCUUGACCUUCCCUUCUGAAUAUGAAUGCAUCCCCGGAAAAGGAACUCCGAGAGAGGAAACAAAAAAAAGAGAACAGCUCAGUAGAGGUAUGCACUCUGCUCAAUUUACUACCACUCUUGUCUUGUUUUUUGGUUGGGUGUUAACAUAGUUAUUGUUGGAUGCUUUGUACGAAGAAACGCGUCUAUUUUUACGAUGGAUCGGUCGUUUCGUUUCGGGUUAUACAUCUGAUUGGUGGUUAACAUGAAGAUGUGAGAAUCUAUGACCAAACAAAAACAAGAAACUGAUGUCUGUUAGUUGUGUCCUGAGAUUCUCUGAGUUCAUGUCCUGUCUUGUUCCUUCAUAGUGAAUAUUUUCACGUGUCGUGUACAUUCGCAUUAUGGGUCGAUUGUUCAAGAACAAAAUUAGGGUAUUGAAGGUUUUGGAUA